AUGGCUAACAUAAUCCCUAUAUAUAAAGAAGGGGAUAAAAGUAACUGCGGAAGGUAUAGACCUAUUUCAGUUCUACCAGUUAUUACCAAAAUCCUAGAAAAACUUAUUUGUGACCAACUACGCAAGUUUAUAAAUGGAAAAAAUAUCAUUUCAAAACAACAAACAGGAUUCCGUAAGCUUCACUCGACGGAAACGUCCUUACUGCAAAUAACAGACAAGUGGUUGAUGAAUAUUGACAAAGGCUUAAUUAACGGUGUAUUAUUCCUUGAUCUUAAGAAAGCGUUUGAUACG